AUACCUGUCACGAUCACCAACAAACAUUAUUACCCAAAACGCAAAGUAUUAAGACGCUGGACAUAUCUUAAUCAUGCCUCCGUACAGGUAUUCGGAGGCCUCGCUGGAUCCUGACAGUACUCGCCUGCUCCGCCUGAUGCCUUGCGAAGACGAGACGGCUCCCAUCCAGUGCCAGCUCUUUAACUACGAUCUCCAGAAAUCGAGCGGGCGUCCUCAUCGGUACGAAGCCUUGUCCUAUGUAUGGGGCAGCUCGGACAAGCGCCAGUCUCUCGUCAUAGAUGGGAGUGAGCCGCGUGACCUGGCUAUCACAGCGAACCUCCAUAAUGCGCUCUCACGCCUUCGCGACCACUCUUUUGAACGAGUAUUAUGGGCAGAUUCUGUUUGCAUCAACCAAGAAGAUGAACCGGAGAAAAAGCGCCAGAUCCAGUUGAUGGCGAAGAUCUAUGGCCAAGCGGACCGUGUAGUCGUUUAUCUGGGAGAGGCGGCAGACAAUAGCGAUCAAGCCUUGGAGGAUAUACGUGCUGCAGCAGAAAACGAGUCUACUACUUCAUUAAUCAGUAACAAAAGUCAGGAAGCGAUUCUUAAGUUGCUUGAGCGACCCUGGUUUCGGCGCAUCUGGGUACUUCAAGAAGUUGCCUUGGCUCGGAAUAUUCUGAUUAUGUGCGGUUCUACCGAAAUAAAUGGAUAUACCUUCUGCUCUGGUUUCAACAAUAUGGAGCUUCCCUACAAAGACGGCCCAGCAUUGCAACUGAUCCGAUCAAUGGUCUACCUUAUAAGAGGGGCAAUCUUCCGGCCGAAGUACACAGUCAAUCCAACAAACGGGCUGCUCUCACUCGGUGAGCUGAUAGAUAUGUACCAUGCCCGUGAGGCCACUCAGCGCCAUGAUAAGGUGUACGCCUUGCUCAGUAUGAGCUCUGAUGGCCUCGAUGCUGCUGACUUGUUACCUGACUACGCGGUUCCAUGGAAGACACUCUUGCGACGACUUAUCGAAUUCGUUCUGUCCACAAAGGUAUCUAUAGAAGUUUGGGACAACAGAGAGACAGCAGUAAUCAAGGGCAAGUGCUACAUUAUCGGGUAUAUAUCCUCGGUUGAGAAUGACAGUACUCGAUACGACAGACAGAGUGCUAAAGUCGUAUUCAACAAUGCAUACAAGUCUGAGUCCAAGUUAGAACCUCCCUCUCGAUGGACCCUCCAGGUCUCGGCAAUACCUGUUCUGGAACGAGAUGUUGUCUGUUUUCUACAAGGGGCUUCAAAUCCAUCCAUCAUCAGACCGUACAAAACCUAUUUUGCUCUUAUCAUGGUUUCGGUUACCCUUCGACAGCACGAAAAGAUAGAGAGCGCAUUUCUUGAGCGUCAAAACUUCUUGACUUCGGCGGAAAGCUUCUCGCCCGACCUCGUGCUUGUGUGGGACUGGGAAGCUUCCCGAGAGGGUUUUCAGGGUCGAGUUGGAUACGAAUACGCAGUGGAGAUACAUAUCCUGGCGCCAGAAUACUUCGAGACAUCUGUGAGCGAUAGCGCAAGAUUCGACGAUGUCACAAUGGCAUUAAAAAUCGCGGAAGAGUUUGAGGGAGCCAAAAAAAGGCUUCAGGAGAUGAUAGAAGCCCAUGAAAGAGAGUUUGGGAAGGAAAAUCCUCGUACACUCUCACGCAUGGAUGAACUCGCCAUGGUAUACAAGGAAAAAGAGGAAUUGACGGAGGCAGAGAACCUGUUAUUGCAAGUGAUAGAGACAAGAAAGCGUGUGCAGGGAACAGAGCAUCCAGAUACGCUGAGUAGCAUUGCCAACCUCGCCUCAACUUACCUAGACCGCGACAUCAAGUACCCUUCGUCUACAGGAGACCCAGGAAUGGCAGCAAGUCUAACGGAUCAAAUAAGGACCAACGUCAAGAUCACAGAAGGAAACUUGAUCCGGGCUAUGGAGAUAUCUGGCAAAAAGGUGGUCGCCCUUUUACUAGGCUUAAAAAGGGAAAAUAUCCCAAUCACCGAAGGGUUGGUCAAGGCAGCAGCUGGCCUCAGCAAUGGCAUCUGGAUAAUAGGGCUGCUCCUUGAUAACUGCGGCGACGAGAUCAAGAUCACCGAAAAGAUCGUUGCAGCAGCAGCUCGGAACCCGGAUCGCUAUUUAAUGGAGCUGCUACUUAGGCGGCGAGGCAACGAGGUUAAAAUAACUGAAGAAGUGGUUAUAGCAGCAGCUGAGAACAAAUCGCCGGAAAUGAUAGAGCGGCUCUUGAUCCGUUUCGGUAGUGAUAUCAAGAUCACCGAAGAAAUCCUUAAAGCAGCAGCUCGAAACCCAGUUGAAUCUGUGAUGAGAGAACUACUGAACCGCCGAGGCAACGAGGUUAAAAUAACUGAAGAAGUGGUUAUAGCAGCAGCUGAGAACAAAUCGGUAGAUAUAAUGGAGCGGCUCUUAGCUCGUUUCGGUGAUGAGAUCAAGAUUACCGAGGAAAUCCUUAAAGCAGCAGCUCGAAACCCAGUUAUAUAUAUAAUGGCAGAACUACUUAACAAGCGCCGCAACGAGGUUAAAAUAACCGAAGAAGUGGUUAUAGCAGCAGCCGAGAGUAAACAGCGGUAUAUGAUGGAGCUGCUACUGAAACGGUUCGGAGACGAGAUCAGGAUCACCGAAAGAGUAGUCGUGGCAGCAGUAACGGUUGAGGAAGGGGCAACGUGCCAUGUGCUUGAAAUGCUUAUCGACUAUGACAGCAACAGGAUCGAAAUCACUGAGGAGGUAGUCAAAGCAGCGGCUGGCAAUGUUGGGACUAGUUCGAUGUUUUUACUUCUUGAUCGGCUCGGGUACAAGACUCAUUUAAGUGAAGCAGUGGUGAGAGUAGCGGCUGAAAAUCCUAGAAUGAUAAAGCUUCUCCGUGAGCAUCGCGGCGACGAAGUUAUGCUGUAUGAGGAUGCAGCCAAGCAAUGGUAG